GAAAUAGAUUCUAAUAGUACUGUUGAAUCAUCAGAAAAUAGUGAUAUAGAAAAUCAUUUUGAACAACCAUUAAUUCAAUUAACAAAACAUAAUAUUGUUAAUAAUAUACAAUAUUAUUUAACUCCUAUUGAAUAUCCUACAACUGCUAAUGAAGAUAUUGCUCAUAUUUUUU